AGUUCCUUGAUUCCUUCAGUCAAUCGUUGACAGUGGAAGAGUGAAGUCGCGUCUUUUAUUUACGUUUUCGUAGAUCGCUUUUAUCUACGUGAAAGAUAAGUUUGUGUAUCGAUAAUUUAAACAGUUUUGUUGUACCUCGUCGAGAAUUCCGAAGAUGGCGGAGAAUAAUUGCAACAACCACAGCCUCGAGAACGGCGACGGCAAGAUGGCGACGGUGGGCAAGCUGCUGCAGGCGCGCCAGGAGAAGGUGGUGGACACGGGCAACAAGGUGACCGUGGUGGGGGUCGGCCAGGUCGGCAUGGCCACCGUCUUCUCACUCCUCACGCAGGGUGUGACAAAUAACAUCGUGAUGGUGGACACGAAUGAAGACAAGUUGAAAGGAGAAAUGAUGGACUUGCAGCACGGAUCCGCCUUCUUAUUCAACGCCAACAUUAAGGCUGGCACAGACUACUCGAUCACGGCGGACUCGCAGAUCUGCGUGAUCGCGGCCGGCGUGCGGCAGCUGGAGGGCGAGGACAGGCGCAACCUGGUGCAGAGGAACGUCGAGGUGCUCAAGGGGAUCGUACCCAAACUGCUGAAAUACAGUCCCAACGCGAUCCUCUUAAUCGCCAGCAACCCAGUGGAUGUCCUGACCUACGUGACCUGGAAGAUCAGUGGCCUGCCCAAGCACCGUGUGAUCGGCUCGGGAACGAACCUCGACUCCGCCAGGUUCCGCUAUCUGCUCUCGCAGAAACUGAACAUAGCGCCUACGUCCUGCCAUGCGUAUAUAAUUGGGGAGCACGGUGACAGUAGUGUACCGGUCUGGUCAAGUGUGAACAUCGCAGGCGUGCGUCUCCGGGAUCUCAACAAGAACAUUGGCUUGGACUCUGAUGAGGAGAAUUGGAAGGAGACACACACCCAGGUGGUGCAGAGUGCGUACGAAGUCAUCAAGCUGAAGGGCUACACCUCCUGGGCUAUCGGGCUGUCCCUCACGCAGCUGGUGAAGGCCAUCCUCACCAACGCAGCCAGCGUGCACGCUGUGACUACUUGUGUGCAGGGCGAGCACGGCAUCACCGACAACGUGUUCCUGUCGCUGCCGUGCGUGCUCGGCCGCAACGGUGUCCUCGACGUCAUACGCCAGCCUCUCACCGACGUGGAGAGGGAGCAAGUAUUCAAAUCAGCUACACUCAUGGCAGAACUUCAGGCCAAAAUCAAGUUUUAAAACAAUUUAACCAGCAACCUUGUCUACGAUGUGUAAUAGAAAAAUAUUUGCAUUUAUUAUUCGGUAAUUGAUAUUAAUAGAUCUAUUGAUUGGUUCUUGGACUAAAAUCAUCGACCAAAAACCAAACAUACCUGUAGUAGGUCGUCGACACAUAAAGCAAUGAAGGCUACUUUUAAGAAGUAACUGUAGAUGUCGCCACUGUCGGUGCAUGUCUUACUGGCACUAGAAGCCGUGACAAGGUCAUAAAUUUGAAGACAAACAUGCCAGAAGGUACAAGAGAUCGCAAUGUACAACCGUCUGCAACCCUCGUUCUGGCAUAGUUCGCCGCGUCUGUUCGUGUGUAAAUACACAAGAAACACUUGUCUGCAUUUCAAGUUAUAGAUGUCGUGUUGUCAAUGUAUAUCAAAAUUAAGUAUUUAAUUCAAUAUUACAUAUUUAUAUUAAUAAUAGUGAAAAGUACUUAUAGGUAGAUAAUUUGAAUACAGUUUCACCUCAUUCAAGCCGAAGCAAUUACUUAGUUGGUGCUAGGAUAGUUUUGAAUGAUUCAGAGAAUCCAGUAUUGAUUACUUAUUACAAAGAUAUGUUUAGGAAUACCUUUAGGUAUAAAAUACCAGUAAAGUAGCAAAAUAUAAGUACAUUUACUACCUAAUUACAUGUUAACGUAUACCUACCAUACCUACUUGAAGUAGAUAUUUUGGUCACAAUUUACAACCAGUAUAGCUAUUGCAUAUUUUAUGAAACGUGUAUUUAUAUUGUGGGCGGUUUACCUACAAUAUAAAUAUGGAUUUGUGUCAAUGACCCUUGAUGACUAAUUAUUUUGUAAGCUCAAAUUUUGUAUGUCUUUACUUAUAUUUGAUCCUCUUUGGGCUGUGUCUGUAUAUGAAGUAUAAUAAUGUAGUUCUAUCUAGACACUGAAACAUAAACUAAUUCAUAAUAAUUAUAAUUAAUGUUUAAUAAUUUUCUACACCUACCCCCCCUACCAUUUAAUAUUUAUUGUGUAAGUUUUUUUUAAUAUUAACCAAAUAAAUGUUGCUUAUAAAUGUUUA